UCCAGGUCCAGGCAGGCUCCAUGGGGAGGGGGAAAAACCCGAGAGAGGAUACGAAUAACGGUACACUCCAGUAUUUAUGGAGUCGAUCCCCGCUUUUAACCGCACCACAUCGGCGUCUCCUGUGAUGCAUUCAUGAAUAAAUGUGUUUACAAACGGACGCGGUGAACGGCGUGUUGGGGCUGACGAAAACAAGCGGUCCACCAUUGUCUGCGUAGAAAAAAGAAUGGCCUGGAUGUGUAAGCGGAAGUCGUGGAUCGCCACCGGUCUAAUCAUGGCGGUGUCGCUCUUUGUUGUUGUGGUAUACUACUCGGAGAAGCCCUACUUCCUUCUGCAGCCAGUAUUGGGUCAGACGAUCAGCAGCCACCAGAUGUUCUCCAAGCAGCCCUAUGAGGCCUUCAAGCCUCACCCAGGCUAUGUUAGCAUUCCCAAACAGGAGCAUCUGAAGCUGCACUGUGAGCUCUGCAGCAUCGUGUCCAGCUCUGGCCAGAUGUUGGGCCAGGGUGCCGGCCCGCAAAUUGACCGCUCUCAAUGCAUCUGGCGGAUGAACAACGCGCCCACAAGGGGCUUUGAACAUGACGUGGGCCAGCGGACCACGCUCAGAGUUGUCUCGCACACCAGCGUCCCUCUACUGCUGCAGAAGCCCCAGUACUUCUUCGGCCAGGGUAAUGACACAGUGUAUGUUGUGUGGGGGCCGCUACGAAACAUGAGGAAGGAUGGGAAGGGCAUUGUGUACAACAUGCUGCGACAGGCGUCUGAGAACUACCCUCAUGCACGCAUCUACGUCACCACAGAGGAAAGGAUGAAAUACUGCGACAUGGUCUUCAAGAAUGAGACGGGUAAAGACAGGAUCCAGUCCGGCUCCUACCUCAGCACCGGCUGGUUUACGCUCAUCCUCGCCAUGGACAUGUGCAAAGAGAUCCAUAUCUACGGGAUGAUAAAUGACACCUAUUGCAAGACGGAAGGUUACAGAAAGGUUCCCUAUCACUACUACGAGGCGGGCAGCCGGGGCGAAUGUGCAGAGUAUCUGCUCCAUGAGAGCGCCCCCUACGGUGGGCACCGCUUCAUCACCGAAAAGUCUGUGUUUACCAAGUGGGCCAAAACUCAUGCCAUCAAGUUCUUCAACCCACUUUGGCAGCUGUCGUGACCCUGGCUAAACCGAAAUGGAAAUACUACACCAUCAUCGUCAUUAUCAUUGUCAUCAUCUGGGGACCAGCUAGGCCUCUACACUGACUGAAAGUGUGUUCCCUGAUGUGCACAAACAUCCUUUUUUGGCACAAAUUCCACAUCGUAUCCAUUUAAAAAAAGUUGUUUGAUGGAUGCUUGUCAAGUCCUGGAUGGCUACUAUCCAGGAAGUGCUGGUUGUUUUAUUGAAAGCCACUCAAUCCGACAGACUGCCGGUCAACCUGGACAAUAAAAACAUGUCUCUUGCUUGUUCAGUCUUUUUCCUCUGAAUUUGAGAGUUGAAGAAAAUGCACAGCGCGCCGCUCUUUAUUGGCUAAUCGAUCUUUUCGCUGCUCUGUGAGUUUAGCAAAGGAUGGCUCGUAGACUAAUUUAAAAAA